ACACAUACAUUAAUACAUACAUAAUUACAGAACAUAUACAUACAAAUGUACAUAAAAAAUGACAAUGAUGUAGAGAGAGAAACUAUAUGAUCAGUUGCCUGGCUUGAUGCCGCCAUUUUCUCAGCCAAUGUCCGAUAACUGAAACUAUACCCCUCAUAACCCACCCACCCUUUCUCUUUUUCCAUUUUUACCCUAUCCAAACACGCCCUUAUUUUUAUUUCUUGAAAUUCUCGAUUUUUUUGUCAAAUUCUGAGUAUUUUUCGUUUGAUUUGCGGAAAGAUUUGAUUUUGAUGGUGUAGAUGGUGGAUAAUCAGCUAAAGAACAGACCCCGGAUGGAGAAUUGCAGAGCUGAUUGUGCAAAAAAGGAUCUUUGUUGCUGUGGAUAUGAAAAUUGAAUGAAAGUAUUAGUAGUCAGCUCAAGAAUUAUCGGUUUUUGAGUAAUCUGGAUUACUAUAGUUGUAGGGUUUUGUAAGUGGUAUAUAUAUAUAAAAUACUUGUUAGGUCUGUGCACAUAUUCUAGAGGUCAUAGAGUUGGAUUGGCUUGUUAUUGUUACUAUUCUUUUGUAAAGUUUAAAAAGAUCGAGUUUACUGUUAAUUGGGAGUAGGGUUUGUUAAUAGUUUCGAGUAUAGUGCUGCAAACUAACAUAGGGUUUGGAGAAAAUAGAGGAAAUUCUGCAUUUUAUACAACGAGCUGCUGCAGUAGCUGUUCAGAUUGAGUGGCCGUUCGUAGGAUAUGUUAUUUGUAUCUUGUAGUUUUUGAGCUACUUUGAACAGGGGUUGAGACUUAGAUGACAAGGGUCACAUGACCGUAGUAUACAUAUUACGUAGUAAGUUACUGUAAUAGGAAUUACUGAAUUGGUACAAGAUGAUUUUGAAUCGAGGGAUGAAAAAGGAGUUCAGUUUGGGGGGAGAGAUAUUUUUAUGAUUUAUGCCACUGAAUAGAGUUAAGAACGUAUCUGAGGCUAUGACCAAUCAGGGACAAGGCCGUAGCUGUCAGGCAGUACAACAAGAAUCAACCUCAGCCACGACAUUUAGAGAGAGAAUAAAUGCAGGAAAAGGUGUUGUAAAAAAUAAUGUUUCUGUACGGACAGGUGAGGACUUUUCCACAGAGUUUAUCUUUGAUCGCACUAGUACAAAAGGAGUCCCCUGUCUGGUCCAAAAUAAUGGAAGAGUAAUUGGAGCAAAUAACAUUCAGAAUAUUCCAGUGACGUAUCAGGGGCUCACUAAGAUUCUAGGGCUGCAACGUAUGGAUUCAGAAUGUAGUUCUGACAUAAGUGAUUUUCUUUCAGCAAAAGGGUCUAUUUCUGAGUCCGACAUUGGUAGUUUUAGUAAUAAAGACUUCCAGAUUCACAGGGCGGACUCUGCUUAUUUUUAUGAGCCAAAAGAGGCCAGUGUAGAUAGGUCUUACAAUCAGGUUGCUCCUGACCCAAAUGCUUCAGUUAUAACUCAUGAUAAAUCCAAGCUACUCCAACCUUCAGGGUCAUUGGUUUCAGAUGGAUCUCAAUCUGGCAAAAUAAAGCUGCUCUGCAGUUUUGGUGGGAAAAUCUUGCAUCGUCCUAGUGAUGGAAAACUUAGAUAUGUUGGGGGUGAUACACGUAUUAUUUCCAUAAGUAAGGAUAUUCCAUGGGAAGAGCUUGUCAGAAAAACCUUUGGUAUAUGCAAACAGCCUCACACAAUAAAGUACCAGCUUCCAGGAGAGGACAUUGAUUCCCUUGUUUCUGUUUCUUGUGAUGAGGAUCUUCAAAACAUGAUUGAUGAAUUCUACGGGCUCGAGAGGCUCAUUGGUUCUCAACGACUAAGGAUUUUCUUAAUUCCACUCAAUGAAUUUGAAACAACACCUCUAGUUGUUGCUGACACUACGGAGCAGAGCAACCAUGAUUAUCAGUAUGUUGUCGCUGUCAAUGGCAUAGUUGAACCUAGUUUUGGUAAAAACUACAACGAACUACCACUGUGCAGUGAAGGAAGUAUGUCGAAACCCCAGAUGGACAGAAGUUCUAGCUUCUGCAGAGACUCUCUCUCUUCCUUGCCACCUUUGGGCAAGCCUACUACUAGUGGUUCUCCCCUUACUCCGCUUUUAAAUGAAUCCCAUGAAUUUAUUGGAUGUCUCGAUCAUUCUACAUCUUAUUCUCCCAAGAAAUCCCUACAACGAGAUAAGAAUGGUAAGUCACGUAAGUGCGAGGAAAUCUUGGCACAUGGUAAUACUGAAAACGCCAAAGUUGGCUUUACUGGUCGAUUGAUGCCUGGAAAACCCAUAACUGAAUUCCGUUUUCCACAAUUAUCUGCUGAUAUGACGAGUUGUAAUCGUCCUCGUGAACAUUUUGAAGUGCAUUCUCAAAUCCACACUCCCAGCAGAGGUCUGGCAAGUCCUCCCAGACAAACUUACAGUGAUACAAAUCUUUAUAGUCACUGUUCUGACAAUCCAGUACUAAAUGAAAUGGAGUUUUUUUCUAAGAAGCCCAUUGCACAACCUGGCGAUCAUAUAAUAUCUCCAUUGACAUCUAAUGGGUCAACAGGGGCCCAUCCUGUGCUAUUACAUGCUUUUUCUGAUUCUUUUCUGCCAGAACACGGAGGAAGGCCUGCAUUAUGUUUGGAAGAAGGAACAAGUACAUCAUCCUCUUUAAAAGUUACACCACUGCUACCUUUAGAUAGACUCUCUGCUGCUUUGCCAGAGAAGCCUGUGCGAAUACAGGACAAUGGUAAUCUGAUUACUCCAGAAGUUCAAUUCAGGUUACUGAAUGCUGAUCCUAAUGUAUCCUACACAGGAAUGAAUAUUUCAAAUGGCGUGGUAAGCUCAGAAUCAGUGGACAGAGUCGAUAAUCCUUAUGGAGAUGCUUUUCGUUCAGAUAUAAAGCCAAACCUUAACAAGGACUACUCUUUGGAUUCUGGAAAACUAAGUGGGUUUGAUGGAAGAGAUCAUCCAUUUCUUCAGAGUGGCAGUGUUUCUGAUUCUUGGAAUCCUUUUGUUGCUAGGGAACAAAACAAGAUUUCAUCGAAUGUCACAUUUGAUCCGGUAUUAAAUGUUGGUGUCGAAGCACCCACUCAAGAUCUGCAAGUCCUUAAUGACAUCAUCUCUAAAGAACCAAAAUCUUUCAAAGCUGCAGUGGUUGAACAACCUUAUCAACCAGAAAAUUUUCAGGCAGAGCAUAUUUUCAAAGGUCAGAAAAAUCCGGUGGGUGAGCUGCACACCUCAACUGGGAUAAAAGGCAGUGAGCAUCAUAAUAACAGAUCAUUUGCCGAGAACUCAGAAGUAGCUGGAAUAAUACAGGACCCCAUACAACAGUACCAGGAGGAAGAUGCUAUUACUGAUCCAUAUUUCAAACUAUCCAAUGGCCACUUGUUACAGGGCACUGAGAUGCCUCUACAUGUUCACUGUCAGAAUAAUAUUGUCCAAGAACCAACGGGAAAUGGCUCAUCAACUUUGAAUCAUCUUUCUGUUAGUGAAGAUGCUAAAAGCAAUACAUGUUUAAAUAGCUCUACUCUGAUGCAUAAUAUAACCGAAGGGACUGUUAUCAAAGAAGUGUCUCUCCUUGAUAAUGAUUUGUUUCAGCAUCCUGAUCAUAAAGUAAAAAAUCGUUUCCCUGGUGAUUUCUAUGACGAGAAGCAAAAAGUUCACGGUAUCGCCCAAAAUAAACACGCUGAGCAAAACAGGUUAGAGGCGGAAGAUUUUAUGGGAUGCACUGUUGCUAGUAUAUCACCCGGCAUGGAAUUUUCCUCAGCUAUUCUGCAAAUGAUUGAUACCGCCAAUUGUGAUGUUGAAUCUCCAAAUGCAGCAGAAGCUAAUGUCACCGUAAAUGAGUUGGAAUUUGAGGAUGUUAGAACUGAUGAUAGAGAGAAAGAUGAAUGUUUUAGUGAUGCGAUGAUAGCUGAGAUAGAAGCGGAUAUAUAUGGUUUACAGAUCAUAAAGAAUGCUGAUCUUGAAGAACUACGGGAGCUAGGGUGUGGUACAUAUGGAACUGUUUAUCAUGGGAAAUGGCGAGGGUCAGAUGUUGCCAUUAAAAGAAUUAAAAAGGGUUGCUUUGUUGGCAGAUCAUCAGAGCAAGAACGCUUGGCCAAGGACUUUUGGAGGGAGGCACAAAUUCUUUCAAAUCUUCAUCAUCCAAAUGUAGUCGCAUUUUAUGGGGUCGUACCAGAUGGAGAAGGGGGAACAUUGGCGACUGUUACUGAAUUCAUGGCAAACGGGUCACUCAGGAAUGUCCUUCUUAAAAAGGAUAGAUUACUUGAUCGACAUAAGAAGCUUAUAAUUGCCAUGGAUGCAGCUUUCGGCAUGGAAUACUUGCAUUCAAAGAAUAUCGUCCAUUUUGAUUUGAAAUGUGAUAAUUUGCUAGUCAAUCUCAGGGAUCCCCAACGACCCAUAUGCAAGGUAGGAGACUUUGGGCUUUCGAGAAUCAAACGCAAUACUUUAGUUUCUGGAGGCGUGCGAGGAACUUUACCUUGGAUGGCCCCAGAGCUGUUGAGUGGUAGCAGCAACCGGGUUACUGAAAAGGUAGAUGUUUUCUCCUUUGGCAUUGCAAUGUGGGAGAUCUUGACCGGCGAAGAACCCUAUGCGAAUAUGCAUUGUGGUGCAAUCAUAGGUGGAAUUGUGAAGAAUACUCUUCGUCCCCCCAUUCCUGUAAGGUGUGAUAGUGAGUGGAAGAAUUUGAUGGAACAAUGCUGGUCUGCUGACCCUAAUGUCCGACCAUCAUUUACUGAGAUAACUAAUUCUCUACGAUUAAUGUCUGCAAAAUUGCAAGGAAAAGGACCUAGUCUGGCAAGAGAAGCAUAGCCUGAUUUCCUUAUAUAAGCUAUAUGUGCAUCAUGCAAUUGCUUGGAGCUUCCUGGUUUGUGUUUGCAGCUGAGUGGUAGACUAUUUCGACGAAAAUAAUCACGUUUCUCUCUGAGGGUUGCAUUCGAGUGGUCUCUUUUGCUCGUUUCUUCCAGUUUUGUUCAUUUGUAUAUUAUAUGCACUCCAUUCAAUUUUCUGGAAAUCUGUGUGAGUAUCAGAGAAGGAGGCCAUCACGUGUAAAUCUCGGAUUAUGAUCUUCUUGCUCGAGUAAAAAUGUGUGUAUAUGUGUAAAUACCCGAGGACCUGAGUUCAUCUUUUUGUUUGCUUCAUGUUCACAGUACCUGGUAUCUGUAUGUGAGUUUUUCUCAGUGGUAAAUAUAUAUUUUUUGAUUAAUUA